AUGUUUACAACAAUUAAUAAUCAACGACGAUCGUUUCCAGAGUUAGUCGGUCGAAACGCACAACAAGCAGCUGCUUACAUUGCUGCUCAAGGUUUGAAACCUGUUAUUUUGAGACCUAAUGAUCCUAUGACUAGGGAUUUGCGCAUGGAUCGUGUUCGUAUUAUCGUUGAUCCGACUCGAACAUUCGUCAUUAAAACACCUAUUGUUGGCUAA